UUCCCCCCAUUAUCAUCUUCAAUCUCCGAUUGUCCCAUUCCAAACCUUUUCAAUUUUUGCCAUUCAGGUCAUCAACACCACCUACUAAGCUAUGAACGGAAUCGGUGGAGAUGGCCGGCGGCGUGACCGGAGAGACGCGAGGAUUUCGAAGAAACAGAAGCUCAUUCUUAAUGCCGAGGAGCUACUUGAGUCCAAGCUAGGCUUCGAUCUCUUCACUGAAGGUGAUAAGCGCCUAGGCUGGCUCCUCACUUUCGCCUCAUCGUCUUGGGAGGAUCAGGAGACUCAUAAAGUGUACAGUUGUGUAGAUCUUUAUUUUGUUUGUCAGGAUGGUUCAACUUUUAAAGCAAAGUACAAAUUUCGGCCAUAUUUUUAUGUUGCCACCAAGAGUAAAAUGGAAAUAGAUGUUGAGGCACAUUUGAGAAGGCGGUAUGAAGCUCAAAUUGCUGACAUCGAAAUUAUAGAGAAGGAGGAUCUUGAUCUUAAAAACCAUCUAUCUGGCUUACAGAAAUCUUAUUUGAAGAUAUCUUUUGAUACUGUCCAACAAUUGAUGCAUGUGAAAAGUGACCUAAUGCACAUAGUUGAAAGGAAUCAAACAAAGUUUGAUGCUAUAGAAGCAUACGAGUCUAUCUUGACAGGAAAAAGCAAACAUUGGGCUCAAGAUUAUAUUGAUUGUAUAACUGAUCUUCGCGAGUAUGAUGUACCUUAUCAUGUUCGCUUUGCCAUUGACAAUGAUAUUAGGUCUGGGCAGUGGUAUGAUGUCAGUGUAAGUAGUUCUGGGAUUGUGCUAGAAAGGAGGGCGGAUCUCUUGCAACGUGCUGAAGUGCAUGUCUGUGCAUUUGAUAUUGAAACAACCAAGCUUCCUUUAAAAUUUCCAGAUGCUGAGUAUGAUUCAAUAAUGAUGAUUUCGUACAUGGUUGAUGGCCAAGGCUAUCUUAUUAUUAACAGAGAGUGUGUUGGGGAAGAUAUAGAAGAUAUAGAGUAUACCCCAAAACCAGAAUAUGAAGGGUACUUUAAAGUUACAAAUGUGAAAGAUGAGGAAGAGCUUCUUAGAACUUGGUUUGACCAUGUACAAGUUUUGAAGCCUGGUAUAUAUGUCACAUACAAUGGUGACUUCUUUGAUUGGCCAUUUCUGGAAAGGAGAGCAGCUCAUCAUGGCUUUAAUAUGAAAAAUGAGCUUGGAUUUCAGUGUGAUAAGAAUCAAGGGGAAUGCCGUGCUAAGUUUGCUUGUCACCUGGACUGUUUUGCAUGGGUAAAGCGUGAUAGUUAUCUACCACAGGGAAGUCAUGGUCUAAAGGCUGUUACAAAGGCCAAGUUGGGGUAUGAUCCACUGGAGGUCAAUCCAGAGGAUAUGGUUCUCUUUGCAAAGGAAAAGCCACAGAUGAUGGCUUCGUAUUCUGUUUCUGAUGCUGUUGCAACUUAUUACUUGUAUAUGACUUAUGUACACCCCUUCAUUUUCUCCCUUGCAACUAUAAUUCCAAUGCCACCAGACGAAGUAUUGCGUAAGGGAAGUGGGACUCUCUGUGAGAUGCUUCUUAUGGUCCAGGCAUAUAUGGCAAAUGUUAUCUGCCCAAAUAAACACCAAUCAGAUCCAGAGAAAUUCUACAAUAACCAACUCAUUGAGAGUGAGACAUACAUUGGUGGUCAUGUGGAAUGCCUAGAAAGUGGCGUUUUUAGAUCUGACCUUCCAACAAGUUUCAAACUCAAUCCAUCUGCUUAUGAGCAACUGAUGAACAAUCUUGAUCGGGAUCUACAGUAUGCCAUAAAAGUGGAGGGGAAAAUGGACCUGGAAAAUGUAACAAACUACAAUGAAGUGAAGAAUGCAAUCACUGAAAAGCUUAUGAAAUUGCGAGAUGAACCUAUACGUGAAGAAAACCCUCUCAUAUAUCAUCUUGAUGUAGCAGCUAUGUAUCCAAACAUCAUAUUGACUAAUAGGCUUCAGCCGCCAUCCAUAGUUACUGAUGAGGUAUGCACUGCUUGUGAUUUCAAUCGUCCUGGAAAAAAUUGUCUCCGGAAGCUUGAAUGGGUUUGGCGUGGGGAGACAUACAUGGCAAAGAGAAGCGAUUACUAUCAUUUAAAGAGGCAACUUGAGUCUGAGGUUGUUGAAGGAACUGAUGGUCAAUCACAAAAAUCUUUUCUUGACCUACCUAAAUUAGAGCAACAAGCAAAGCUGAAAGAGCGCUUAAAGAAAUAUUGCCAGAAGGCAUACAAAAGAGUUCUCAACAAACCAGUUACUGAACUCCGAGAAGCAGGAAUCUGCAUGCGUGAAAACUCUUUCUAUGUUGAUACAGUCCGCAGCUUUCGAGACAGGAGGUAUGAAUACAAAGGGCUUAAUAAAGUUUGGAAGGGGAAACUCUCAGAAGCAAAGGCUAGUGGAAAUUCUAUCAAGAUCCAAGAAGCACAGGAUAUGGUUGUCGUUUAUGAUUCACUACAGUUGGCUCACAAAUGUAUUCUGAAUUCCUUCUAUGGUUAUGUCAUGCGCAAGGGUGCAAGGUGGUACUCCAUGGAGAUGGCCGGAGUUGUCACUUAUACUGGAGCUAAAAUCAUUCAAAAUGCACGAUUACUGGUUGAAAAAAUUGGAAGACCUCUUGAGUUAGACACAGAUGGUAUUUGGUGUGCAUUACCAGGUUCAUUCCCUGAGAACUAUACCUUCAAAACAAAAGACCCAAAGAAGAAGCUGACAAUCUCAUAUCCUUGUGUCAUGCUUAAUGUUGAUGUGGCAAGGAAUAAUACUAAUGAUCAGUACCAGACUCUGACUGAUCCUGUCAAUAAGACAUACACAACCCACAGUGAAUGUUCAAUCGAAUUUGAAGUGGAUGGACCAUAUAAGGCCAUGAUUCUUCCAGCUUCCAAGGAAGAAGGAAUUUUGAUUAAGAAGCGUUAUGCAGUUUUCAAUGAUGAUGGAACACUUGCGGAGCUGAAAGGUUUUGAGAUCAAGCGUAGAGGUGAGCUGAAGCUCAUAAAAGUUUUCCAGGCUGAGCUCUUUGAUAAAUUCCUGCAUGGAUCCACACUAGAGGAAUGCUAUUCAUCUGUUGCUUCUGUUGCAAACCGUUGGCUUGACAUGCUUGAUAAUCAAGGGAAAGAUAUUGCUGAUAGCGAAUUGCUUGACUAUAUAUCAGAAUCAAGCACAAUGAGCAAGUCUUUAGCUGAUUAUGGUGAACAGAAGUCAUGUGCAGUGACCACAGCAAAACGUCUUGCCGAUUUUCUGGGGGAUGCAAUGGUUAAAGAUAAAGGAUUGCGUUGCCAGUAUAUUGUUGCAUGUGAGCCAAAGGGAACUCCGGUCAGCGAGCGGGCUGUUCCUGUUGCAAUAUUCGAAACUAAUACUGAAAUCAUGAAGUUUUAUGUAAAGAAGUGGUGCAAAAUUUCAUCAGAUGCUGGGAUCCGCUCUAUUAUUGAUUGGUCUUAUUAUAAACAAAGACUUAGUUCAGCAAUCCAAAAGAUAGUUACUAUCCCAGCUGCCAUGCAGAAGGUAUCAAAUCCUGUCCCAAGGGUGGCUCAUCCUGAUUGGCUGCAUAAAAAGGUUCGUGAAAAGGAAGACAAAUUUCGUCAACAAAAACUGAAUGAUAUCUUUAGUUCAGUGAACAGAGAUGACAUUGCCAAGCUGAAUUUUGAUUCUACUGCAAGUGGGGAAGCUCUGCAGAAUGUUGAAGAUAUAGAGGACUUCAGGAAGAAUAGUAAAUCUUCCCCGUUUGCACCUAGGCCUAUUGUUCAUUCUCAUGGAGUGAACAAGGGUCGUGGUUUAGUUAACUCUAGUGCUCAAGUAGAUUGCUCACUCAAUGAUCAUGGCAAAGAUGCAAAAGAUAUUGACAAGAAUGUAGAUUACCAAGGAUGGCUGCAAUCAAAGAAGAGAAAAUGGAAAGAGAUGCGUGAAAAUAGAAAACGACAAAGGUUUGAUAACUCGAAGACAUUAAACCACCUCAAUGGCGGUGGUGAAUUUCCUGAUGGCAUAGUCAACCGCAGACAACCUCAGAGUAGAACUGGGGUUAGCUCAUAUUUUGAGAGGCAUGAAUUAGCACUUAGACGCUGCCACUGGCAGAUAAUUCAGCUGGCACCAAGUUCUCAGAACGGCCAACUCUUUGCGUGGGUGGUUGUGGAAGGAGUUAUGCAUAAAAUUUCUGUCAAUAUCCCCAGAAUAUUUUAUCUCAACUCUAAAGCUUCUGUCACAGAAGAGUUUCCAGGACGAUGUGUCAAUAAAAUACUUCCUCAUGGACGCCGCAGCCACAAUUUGAUUGAGGUCAUAAUUGAUGAAGAUCAAUUCAAGGCAGAAAGCAAGAAAUUAGCAGCUCACCUUGCUGAUCCAGAAGUGGAGGGGAUCUAUGAAACAAAAGUUCCAUUGGAGUUCAAUGCUAUUGUUCAGAUUGGUUGUGUUUGUAAGGUGGAUAAAGCAGCUAAGAAGCGGAAUGCCCAGGAUGGCUGGAGUCUCUCUGAACUGCAAAUGAAGACUUCCACUGAGUGUCCAUAUUUGGAGCAGUCAAUCUCUUUCUUCUACUUGUAUCAUAGUGUGUCAGAUGGGCGAGCUGUUUAUGUUGGAUAUUUUCCUCCAUCCAAGACAAUUUCUGUUGUAGUUGUUAAUCCUUUUCAAAACAAGGAAUUAACACCCCAUAUACUUGAAAGGCUAUUCCGUGAGGCUUGCCAAACACUGUCUUCUCAUCCUCCGAUGGAAAAAGAAGGUAUCACUUUCAAGGUGGAAUAUGUUGGGUACAUCAAGGAUGCUGAAAGGAAUCUACAGAGACUGAUUAAUGAUUACAGAAAUCAGCAUCGUGGACCUGUAGUUGCUAUGAUCGAAUGCCCUAAUCCACAGUUAGUUAAGUCUGGCAUACGUGCUUUGGAUGAUUUCCCUUGUUUGACCAUCCCUUGCAAUGCACGUGAGAGUCAAUAUCAGGCUCUUGGUUGGCAAAUUGUUGCUGCAAAAAUAGGAAUGCAGAGAUGUGCAGCAUCAUCUCAGUGGCUGAAUGAGAGAAUUGCACUCUCGAGAUAUGCCCAUAUUCCAUUAGGAAACUUUGAAGUUGACUGGCUCAUCCAUACGGCAGAUAUAUUCUUUUCUAGAGCUCUCCGUGAUCAACAACAGAUUCUAUGGAUAUCUGAUAAUGGCAUCCCGGACUUGGGAGGCACACAUGAAGAAGCAUCUUCUUUUAUGGAUGAGGUCAAUCAGCCAGUUCUUAUUUACCCUGGUGCAUAUAGGAAAAUUACUAUUGAGCUUAAGCUUCUUCACCUGGCUGUCAAUGCUCUUUUGAAAAGCAAUCAAGUAAAUGAAAUGGAAGGAGGAACUCUAUUUGGAUUUGAGCAGGAUUUGAAUCCUAACAUACAUGUUGCUGAUGAGCAUUACUACUUGGAUGAGACUACGUCAAGUGCACCAGCAUUUCGUGUCCUCAAACAAUUGAUCCAAAGGUGUCUUGCAGAUGCAGUUACAUCAGGAAACAGAUUUGCUGAUAAAAUAUUGCAACAUAUGUACCGAUGGCUCUGCAGCCCCCAAUCACGACUGCAUGACUCAGCUCUCCACAAUAUGCUUUACAAGGUUAUGCAAAAAGUGUUUGCAUUGCUUGUAGCUGAACUUCGAAAGUUGGGUGCCAAAAUUGUAUUUGCUAGCUUCUCAAAGAUUAUAGUUGAUACAGGAAAGUCAGAUUUAUCUGCAGCCAAAGCUUACUGUGAUAAUGUAAUAAAAACUCUACAAACAAGAGACUUGUUUGAGUGGAUUGAGCUUGAACCAUCUCAGUUCUGGCAUUCCUUACUUUUUAUGGAUCAGUACAACUAUGGUGGAAUUCAAGCUAAAUUUAAUGGUGGCUCAUUAGAUGCUGAUUCAGAACUAAGUUCUGGAAAUGUGCAUGGUGAUUCUCAAGUAGACAUUGUAGCAAGCUGGAACACUGCAGAAAAUUUACCAAAGGAAAUACAGGAUCACUUCAUUUUAAUUGUUUCUGAAUUUAUGUAUCUACCAUGGAGAUAUUCACAAGAACAAGCUGCUGAACGAGCAUCCGCAAAGAAUGGAGAUUUAUGCACCCCAUCAAUCACAGCUGCACUUGCGGAAACAUUUGAUUUGCAGAUGGCAGAAUAUUUAAGGAAGAAGAUCCAAACUCACUUCACAGACAAACUUCUAAAAAUUGUCUGCGAUCCUAGUCUUCAAAUGAAGAGGGCUGGCAAAUCCCAACAGGAGAAUACAAACUCCCAACUUUUGAACAAUACCCAGCAGCAGCAGCAGGGGGAUCCGGCACUGGAGUUCAUUAAACAUGUGUGCGCUGUUUUGGUACUUGACCAGAAUGUUCAACAUGAAGUUCUUGUCAUGAGGAGAAACCUAUUGAAACUGGUUCGCGUGAAGGAAUUUGCUCCAGAGGCAGAGUUCCGCAAUCUGUCUCCCUCCUUUAUACUCCCAAAUGUCAUCUGCAGCUACUGCAAUGACUGCAGAGACCUCGACCUGUGUCGAGACCGAGCUUUACUUUCCCAGGAAUGGCGCUGUGCGGUCCCUUGGUGCGGGCAACCUUACGACCGCGAAGCAUUGGAAAACGCUCUUCUUCAGAUCGUGCGCCAAAGGGAACGACUGUACCAUCUUCAGGACCUGGUAUGCCUCAAAUGCAGUCAGGUUAAAGCCGCGCAUUUGUCCGAGCACUGUGCUUGUGCUGGAGCGUUCAGAUGCAAGGAAGACAUCUCAGAAUUCCGUAGUAAAAUAGAGGUGUUCUUCAACGUAGCCGUAAACCAAAGAUUUCAACUCCUCCAAGAAUGCACAUCAUGGAUCCUUGAAAUAACUUCAACGGUUUAAUACACCUAAUUUCCACAACAUUGAUACUCCUUGUGUAUAUAUAGAUUUAUAUAGAACGAGUACACAUGAUCACUAGGGUGAUUUUAAAGUUAUACGUAAAAAUAACGAUUGAAAUUGAUAUAUAUAUUUUUUUAAUGAAAGUAAUUAUCAGGCAGGUUUAUUGAAAA